CAGGUUGUAGCGCAAACAAAAGAAGUGAUUAAACAAACUGUCAUCCUAUCCCUGCUGACCCCGCAGCCUUUCUUGUUGUAGAGACAGAACCGUCGAGAAGUCGUGCGCCCAAAAGUGGCGAAAUCACGGCAGAUUUUCUGUUAUAGCGGCGUAGCCGGGUGUAGCUAUAACAGGUGGAACGCCCAAGACGACCCCACGAGACGCGCUUAAGGCAUUCCAUACGUUUUACGCCCGGGUGACAGCUGUGGUCGCUGUUCCGUGAGCUGGGACUGACUACAGACAGCCAUGGUGGAGCGACAGUCGGCGAAGAAGCCGUAUGACACGCAGUCGUCCUGGUCCUCCCCUCACAGCACCGCCAGCGGCCGUGACGACAGGCGCUUCGGCUACCAGAAGCUCACCAGCUACGAGAUCGACCAGACCGUGGAGCGGCUGCACAGCGGGCGGCUGAAGUACCACGACGUCGCCGAGCAGAGGAACAGACCGCGCCCGAGGGACAACUCUGACCCGGAGCUGGUGAGCCAGAUCACAGAGAGGCUGACGAGAGACGCGUCCGCCAAGGCCACGGACCAGAGACGGGUCCACGACGAACCCAUGAGGAACAUGGGCACGGUCAAUUCGUACGCCUGGAAGGGGUGGAACUGACGGGAAAACAGGACAAAAGCAAUAAUGAGUGAAGACCUUUAUUGUCCAUUUUUGCCAAACCGAGCAGGGUAUAUAGUUCACAACAAAGACAAAGCAUACAUGUAAAAAAAGUAUCAUAGAUCUAGUCAAGGAGCUUUCUAGUCUAAGUCUGAUUCUUCUUGCUUCUUGGCAAUAUUGAAACAAAUAGGAUUGUAUGGUUUAGUUUCGUUUUAAAUGGCUGUUUGCAAGCAUGUAGAUAUUGUAAAAAAAAGCAAGGCAAGAAUACAGUCUUGUUCUCCCUUUGUGCUGUCUCUUUCUAACCUGGAUGACAGACCCCCUACAUCUAUAAUAUCUAUCGUGUCUAGCUAUGCGAAAGUUUCAUUGAGGGCAUCUUAUCCCUAGAGCCAGGAUCUUGCCUGUGUACUAGGCCCUGGAAACCAUCUGGAAUCUAGGCUAUCUAUUCCUGACGACU